AAGUGGGCGUGGCUUGGUUUCCGCGGCAACUCCCAGCUAGUCUGUGUGCUGUCAUCUCCAGCGUGCCGGCGGUUGCUAGGUAAUGCGUAUGACGAAGAGGCCUACCUGGCGUGGGGCUGCUCUCGGUGCUUAAUAGACCUGCGGCCAGGGCAGGGGCAAGACCGGAGUGGGCGCUGCGCAACCCUCUCGCCAGAGACAAGAACCUUCCUGCGACACGAGAAGAUUGACCUUCACUGGAUCACAAGUUGAGCAUAUAAGAUUAAUUUCCUAAAAUCAAGCAACAUGUCUGAUGAAGAUACCAUUACUACUUUAGCCUACACCAAGAGCCCAAAGCUCUCCAAAAGAACCACUUUUCAGGAAGAGCUACAGGGAGCUCUUUUUGCUCGUGCAGCAAGACAGCAAAUUAUAGAAUAUUCAGAAGAUUUUGAGAGUGAUGAAGAAGGUUUAGUGGAGGAGCUUCCUGAAAGUCUGGAAAACACCCCAAAGAAGUCAGUUGCCUUUGCAGUACCUCUGUCCAGCUAUGAUCUUUACCAUGUGGACACUCUGAAAAGUGAAAGUGUGGAUGACUUGACUUCAUCAGAUGAUGAUGAAAGACUUCACCAUGUGUCCUUGUUGGGGAGAGAGACUUUGUGUGAGGAAAGGCAAGCGGAUGACUUGCCUUCAUCAGAUGACAAUGAGAAAGCUCAACACGUGUCCAUGUUAGAGAGAGAGAGUUUGAGCAAGGGAGGGCAAGCUGUCCCUGUUGCACUAACUGAGUAUUCUGAUUCAUAUGAAGGGAGUGCAGCCAAAAAAUCAAUUCCAUGUGAAAUAUCUCUGCCAGGUGACUACUCAUUGGAAAGAGAAACUGCUGAUGAUUUGGCUUUGCCAGAGGAUGAAGAGAUCUCUCAAGAAACAUCUAUUUUGGAGAAUAAAUAUCUGAGUGAAGACAGGCAAGAAGAUGACUCAGUUUCUGAAGAAGGGUUAAGUUCUGGAGAAGAGUAUGCUCAACAAGAUGAGGCUCUAGUGAUGGAGCGGCAGUUAGAGAGGGAUGACAUGAAUAGGUGGAAAACUGAAAUCAAGCCAGUACCAAAGCCAAGGGAAUUCAAAACUAAAACGGCGUCAGCAUCAGCUGAGAAUAUCAGCAUUCCUGCUCUGGAUGAUUAUUUGAAGCCAUCUCCUCAGCCCCGGAGUGUGUUAAGAAAAAGCAGCCAUGUAGAGGACUAUGAAGGAAUCAAACCAGAAGACAGAGCAUCGCACAGCCACAGAUCUUCACUUUCUGCACCAUCUUCCAUGACAAGACUAAAUGAUCAAGUGAUGAAAUCUGAGAAAAGAGCAUUGUCUGAAAGCCCUGGUCCUGAGGGUCCCUGGAUAGCAAGCUCCUCAUCGCUAUUCCCUAUUCAUUUUUCAUCAGUGGAUGAGAGAACUGGAGAUUCCAAUUUGACAAUAUCUGGGGAAGAAUCCUCUUCAAAAGUUUGUUCGACAGUAGAUGAGGAACAAAAAGACACUGACAACUGUAAUGAACUGAAAUUGCUAGAGAGUGGCAGAGAAUCUCCUUCUGUGAUAGAACUAAUGAUGACCACGGUUUAUGAGAAAACGAAGAAACUACACUUGUCAACUGAAGACUACUUGGAAGGAAAGAUACAGACCUCUGAACGCAGUGAGGAUGAAUUAAAUGAAACAACAAAGGAUGAUAAAUCUGAUCAGACAGUAGCACUAAGUACUUCAAAGGCUGUCCUGAAUGCUUCAAAGGAUUCAUCUAAGGAAGAAGUUGAAGAAAAAGAUACAGUUUCACAAAAAGCAAAACCUUCAAUAGGCAGAUCUUUGAGCUCUACAUACUUGAAGAAAACUGGGAAACCUUCUCCCAUCUCUUUAAGUACAUCUUCUCAGUACUUGGGAACACUGAAGUUCUUGGACAACAAACAUUUACAAAAAUACAGUGCUGAACUUGAUAAAGCAGAUAGUUUGCGGGCAGCUGUUUAUCAGGACUGGCUGGAGAAGAAGAGAAUCUUUCUGUUAGAACUACAAAGAAUAAAAAGAAACAAAGCAGAGAACUUGCGGGAGAAAAAUGAAAAGGAAGAAGCUGCUAAGAAAGAAGAAGCAAUUGCAUCCUUUGAAGCUUGGAAGGCUAUGAAAGAAAAGGAAGCAAAGAAAUUAGCUGAGAAAAAGAGACGGGAAGAGGAGAAGAAAAGGAAAGAAGCAGAACUAAAUGAAAAGAAAAAGGAAGAAGCACAAAAGGCAGCUUUUGAGAAAUGGAAAGAAAAGAAAGCCGAAUACUUAAAACAGCAAAUGAAGAGGGAGAAAAGAGUUGAAAGAUUAAAGAAGAAGAAAGAACAGGAGGUUGUUGCAGAGAAGAAGAAAGAUAGCAAAUCUGCUGUUGAAAAAUGGAAUGAGAAAAAGGAAGAAUUCAUGAAGCAAAAAACAAAAGAAAAAAUCCAAGAAAGAAAGAAAAAAGUAGAACAAGAAGUUGAGAAGGAAGAAAAAGAUAAAAGAGCUAUAGAGGAGUAUGAAAAAUGGCUGGAACAGCCACCUCUGAAAAGCCAGGUCGACACUCCCCAGAGCCAGCAAAGCCUAGCAGCAGUAGCAGCUGCACAAGAAAAGAAAGAGAUGGAUGAGAUUCAGAAAAAGCAAAAGAAGCUCCAGGUUAUCCUUGAAGAUGAAACCCCACCUCCCUGGAGCCCACCUGGCAAAGCUGUGUCCUCAGGAAGCUACUGAGAUGCCCAAGGCUGGGAGGAAAGUUCUAAAGGUCUGCCGUCGUCUAAUCACCAUUAUCGCAUCACACAACAUCUGAUUUUAACAUGAAUUGAAAUUGGCUCUUGCAUCCUGUUCUUUUUAGGUGAUGUUUGGCUGCCUGGUAUGGAAAAAUUGUAUGACUUAAAUCCGUGGUAAUCAGUGCAAAGUUCACAGUCUCCAGAAUGCAAACUGCACAGUUAAUGCCACUAUCCUAAGUAGGUCAGAAGGUUUUUUUUUCACCUCAGGCAUUUAUCCAAAGCUGCCAGAGCUUAAAGAUACAGAAUGCAGCAGUUAACACAUAAGCUGUAUUACAGCUCUACUGAUAUAAAAAUAGACUUUGAAUGCUGAAAAGACAAAAUAUAUUUUUCAUCUAAGGAUGAACAUAAGCAGCUGUGAUUUGUCGCUUAAGCACAUCUUAAAGCAAUACCAGAUCCUCUAAAUCGGAGUAGGCAACCUUGGCUCUCCACCUAUUGUUGAACUAUAACUCCCAAUAUCAUCCCAGCCACAAUUGGGAUGAUGAAGGCUGUAGUUCAACAACAGCUGGAGAGCCAAGGUUGCCUACCCCUGCCCUAAAUCGUAGUGUGCUCCUCUGAAUCUGUGUCACGUGAGCUCCUGUUCAAACAAACCAGGCUUUUAUAUUCUAAAGUACAAUUAAACUGACGCUGGCUUGGUAUUAUCCAGAAAGAAGUGAGUAAGUUAUAAGAAUUCUGGAGGGACCAUUUGAAUCAGAAAGGAGUGUUUUCUUAUAAAACAAUGAUCUGAAAUAAAUGGGGGAGAGGGGAGCUCUUCUGUGAGCAUUUGCACAGUGCUCCAGAAGGGUGUGAGCAUAUUCGGCUCACUGCAUCGUGUCUUAUUGCAUUGCAUUAUAACUCAAACAAGGAUGCCCCAGUAAGACUAGCCACUGCAAGAAUUCACAUGUGUGUGAGUGGCCAUUUUUCUUACAUGUCAUUAGCAGCUGUAGUUAUAGAACUGACUGUGGCUCUCUUUGUGUCAGCUCUCUCUUCCCUCACCCACUACAGUUCACAGAAAUGUUUCUCCAUGAGGUUGUCUGCAGGGGAGAGCUGGUCUGGUGGUAGCAAGCAUGACUUGUCCCCUUAGCUAAGCAGGGUCUGCCCUGGUUGCAUAUGAAUGGGAGACUGCAUGUUUGAGCACUGUAAGAUAUCCCCCUUAAGGGAUGGAGCUGCUCUGGGAAGAGCAUCUAGGUUCCAAGUUCCCUCCCUGGCAUCUCCAAGAUAGGACUGAGAGAGAUUCCUGCCUGCAACCUUGGAGAAGCCGCUACCAGUCUGUAGACAAUACUGAGCUAGAUGGACCUAUAGUCUGACUCAGUAUAUGGCAGCUUCCUAUGUUCCCUGAGCGUGGUAUCAUGGGACUAAAAACAGCUGCUUGCAUGUCUGAGCAAAGUCUCAGUAAUCAUUUGUAGCAAAUGGCUCCCAUAUAUGAAAAUUGUAAUGCACAUAAAUCCCAUUUCUUUCUUUGUGACAUACAAAAUUGUAAAAGUUCUCUGCAGAAAGGGCUCAAAGAAGCAUGCUUUGGUGUCUCCUAAAUCAUAAAUUAAGUCAAGGCCUUGUUAACUGAAUGUCUCGCAACAAAAGUAGAUUCCUCAUUACAGGCAAAGUCAGGAUGAUUAGAACUUUAAUUUCUAACUGGGCAAAUUCUGCUUACAGAUUCUAUUAUACACUUCCAACAUUGACUUACUCCAGAAUAAAUAACUGUGCAUUUUGGAUUUCUAACAUUAAUUUCAUGAAACCACUGCUGUUUGAGAGCCAUUGUUCUUCCUCCUUUUUGAUCAUAAAACAUAUUUAAUCUGUGCACAAUUGUGCUACCUGCACAAAAUUAGCUAUGCUAUUAUGUUUGAAAUUAUUUCUGAAUUGGUGCUCUCAUGCUGUCAAUCAUGUGAAGUACCUGCAGCUCUGAAACAGACUUUAAAAAGGAAACUGUGACCUGAUUGUGAACCAUUGCUCACAGAUGGAGUAUCUUCCCAGCUGCAAUACUCUAAAUUAAGCUUUCUGUGCCUAUUAUGACAAAGAAAUGAUGUUGCUCAUUUUAGCACUGCUAUUGUAACUCCUGUAUUGGAAGCUGGAAUUGUAGUUGGUUACUGCUGAGCUGGAUCCCCAAACACAACUAGAUAAGAGCCAGCAUGGUGUAGUGGUUAGAGUGCUGGACUAGGACCAAGGAGACCUGAAUUCAAAUCCCCAUUCAGCCAUGAUACUAGCUGGGUGACUCUGGGCCAGUCACUUCUCUCUCAGCCUAACCUACUUCACAGGGUUGUUGUGAAAGAGAAACUCAAGUAUGUAGUGCACCACUCUGAGCUCCUUGGAGGAAGAGCAGGAUAUAAAUGUAAAUAAUAAUAACACUUACCAGGUGCUAAGGUCUUAGGCUAGGUUGGGAGGUGAUGGAGGAAGCCAUCUCCUCCUUCCCAGGCUAAUCUGUGGUCCUUGCAAACAUCCAUUUUGUCUUUAGCCCACCUAUCCUAGAGGGUUCCUGGGUCAGUUGGGCUGAGAGAGAACAGCUUUCUCUGGGUCCUUUUGCCAGUCAUCUCCAUGGAGGAGAGCUGGUCUUAUGGUAGCAAGCAUGACUUGUCCCCUUAGCUAAGCAGGGUGCUCCCUGGUUGCAUAUAAAAGAGAGACUAGAAGUGUGAGCACUGCAAGAUAUUCCCCUUUAGGGAUGGAGCUUCUCUGGGAAGAGCAUCUAGGUCCAAAUUCCUUCCCUGGCAUCUCCAAGAUAGGGCUGAGAGAGAUUCUUGCCUGUAACCUUGGAGAAGCCACUGCCAGUCUAUGUAGAUGAUACUGAGCGAGAUGGACCAAUGGUCUGACUCAGUAUAUGGCAGCUUCCUAUUUUCCAUGGUGGUCAGAGGGAGGCAAAUGAGGAUGACAGAUGGAAGAAAAGAAAGAAGGGAGCUUCCUAAUCCACUGCAGAUUUUCACAGGUCUCUACUUGUUCACUCUGAAGCCAGCAACAGCUGUACUUCUUCUGAUAAUGGCACACAGGUAGGGGGAAUGAUUAUCUGUGCAGUACAAAGAAACUGGAACCAGUAUAAAUAAAUCAGUAAUUAAUUUCUCCAAAAUUAAUUCCAUUCUUAUUUGGAAUGUUUCCUGUCUUUAACAGAGGUAGGUACUUCAGAAGCUUUACUUUGUAUUUGCAAGUUUGCAAAUAUGUAUGACCUUGUAAGAAUCUGGCAGACAAUGGUAUGCUGGUUUUAUACAUUCUCUUUGGACUUUGUAAAUUAUUUCAGGGACAAUGUACAAGAUUAUUUUGAGGUUGUUUUGGCAUAGAGCCCCUGGUGGCGCAGUGGUAAAACUGCCGCCCUGUAACCAGAAGGUUACAAGUUCGAUCCUGACCAGGGGCUCAAAGUUGACUCAGCCUUCCAUCCUUCCGAGGUCGGUAAAAUGAGUACCCAGAAUGUUGGGGCGCAAUAUGCUAAAAUCAUUGUAAACCGCUUAGAGAGCUCCGGCUAUAGAGCGAUAUAUAAAGGUAAGUGCUAUUGCUAUUGCUAUAGUCAAAAUAGAAACCUUGCGAUAUACAUUUCAACAUAGCUCUUCUGACAGUUAGUUACAUUUGUGAGCUAUUAAAAUAGCUUCCUUUUUUGCUUCCCCCCACCCCUUUGUUUUAAAAACAAAUAAGAUAAAACAGCAGUUUUGGGAGUAACUGCUCCUACUUUCUAGAUUCUGUUGUUUAUACAGACUUUUUUGUUUCAGCCUGAAAUAAUGAUUGCAGAUUUUCUUGCAGAGAGAAUGCACUUUAAAUACCCCACUUACAACAAUUAGAUGUGCUGUCUUUUUAAAACAACAUUAUUUUAAAAAACUUUUGUACCACAUUAAAGUGGAAUCCUUUGUGUACAGGCAUUGAGGCUGACAGCCCAAACCACCAAGUAUUAGAUAAACAGAUUAGCUAUGCAAAAUGUUAUUUAGUGGAAAAAAGAGCCCCUUCAAAUGAGACAAAUUUCUUACCUGGAAGGCACUUUGAUAUGGAGAAAACUGUGCAAAUCACGCGUGCUUCUUCUGUUGAUUUUAUGCACAGUGAAAUUGGAUAGAUAUGUAGUCGAUCAGAAAUAAUUGCAUGUAAUGUCCAUAGUUUUUCCUACUCUAGGGUUAUUUGGGUGAGGCUUCUGAUAUACCUAAACAAAGGCAAGUCCUUUACCUGGACAAGUAGCUUGUGAUGCUUAGAUAUUAGAUGUUAGUGCUGGUUUACUGAUUGGGGUUGGCGGGUAGACCAGCCGUCCGCUCUGGACUUGGCUCGUUGGCCUGUCUUGGAGAACUGGUCUACCCACUGAUCCCAGUUGCUAGGCCACCUCUCCAUGGAAAAACACACCUCAAAAUGGCACUCGGAACACUCAAAAUGUUUCAAGGUUGACUUGUUGAAAUAGCCAGCUUGGCCACUGUUUUGAAGAAUCAAUUUGAGGAUUUUGUUGUUUGUUUUGAGCUUGAAACAAAUUGCAAAAUAUGUUUCAUGCACAUCUCUAGCAUACCCUUUCAAGUUUAUAUUUUCUACUAACAGCAGUUUUUGUUUGCCUCUAAUUCUUUUCCCAGUUGAAAAAAAUAGCACUAUACUUCUGGCAUAUUUUCCUAUCCUUUAUUUUUUCCUGUUGAAGAUUAGCAUUGUUGGCAUUUUAAUAUGUUCGAUUCAGCCAUGUUUUGUUAUCUCUUCUGAGUGAUGAGGUAUCAUAAUUUCCUGAACAAACAUAACCCCUAAAAGCACUUUUCUAAUUAAAAGAGAAAAGCAAAUAAUUAAGAUGAUUAUCAGCACUGGAUGCUAAGAAAUACUGUAGCCUUACCAUGAUGAGCAGUUGAGUCAUAUCUAAACAUCACAAGCUACUUCUCCAGGUAAAGGACUUGCCUUGAUUUAGAUAUAUCUGUGGAUACCAUAAAAUAUGUCCCCAAUUAUAAGAGAAGCCUCCCUACAGAUGUGUAGACAGCUGCUGGGGAAAUAAGCGUUUCUACAGGAUUUCUUUCUGGACCAAACUAGAUGUGAUAUUGGAGUUCCAUGAUUUGAAAUCCCAACAUCUCUUUCUGCUCCCCACCCCAAUAACUUCAGAGUAGUAAAAACUAUGCACAUUGCAUGCAUUUUUUUGUGAUAACAGACUACUCAUCUAUCUAAUUUCACUGUGCACAAAAUCAACAGAAGAUACAUGUGUGAUUUGCAGUUUUCUCCAUAUCAAAGUGCUUUCCAGGUAAGAAAUUUGUCUCAUUUGAAGGGGCUCUUUUCCCCACUAAAUAACAUGCUUCUUAGCUAAACUGCUUAUAUUUCGUUUUCGAGUCAAAACGGGGCUGUUUCAUUUCAAGCUCAAAACAGGCACUUUAUUUUAAGGGUGUUUUUUCUUUUGAGCUCAAAACAGCCCAUUUGGAGCUCAUAUUGUUUUGCACAUCUGUAGUGUAUGCUUACUGUGCAGGAAAGAAAGUCUUUAAAAGCAACCUAUGUGAUGUACUGUAUGUAUUUGACCACAAUGUUUUUCUUCAAAAGAUGCUGUGAAUAUAUUUAUUGCUUAUUGCAUUUUGGAGAGAAGAAAUUUUGUAUAUAAUAAACUCUAUUUUGAUAUUA